GGCAGAGAGAAAAUCCGGUAUUUCGUGCGCAAGGUUCACUUUGGAUGAAUAACAUCUCAUGGCAUUGUUCCCAGGCUAAGGGAGGCGGCUUGCAGACAAUCAUAGAGGCAUUGAAAAGAGACAAUUGCAGAGAAGAAGACCCUAGAGCCGUCGACCUCCAGGGAAUCACUGCAGGGCUGAGAGACCAGCCCCCCCCUCCCAGACAGAAGCCAGUUCACUAACCACAGCCAUGCCCGGAAGGAGGUGGCUCGGGAUCAAGAUCAUUGUGCUGAGCGUCCUAGCGUUCACCACGCUGCUGUUCAUCUACCCCUUCCCGGACACCAAGCUGCUCUUCAUGCAGGCUUCCCGCCUGCUAGAGGGGCCCUCGCCCUCGGAUCUGUGCGCGUGUCCGGCCCAAUGUGUGGCCGAGACGCAGGGCCACCAAUGGUUCUCUGAGCGCUUCAACAGAUCUGUUUACCCUCUCCUGACCAAGGAGAACUACACGCUGCCUAAGGAUGCCUUCAACUGGUGGAUGAGGCUGCAGUCGUCGCGCAGCGGUGCCAACUUCAGCCAUGUGAUGAAGGAAGUGUUCUCCAUGUUCCCGGGCGAGUCUCUGUACCGGGACGCAGGCCCCGACCGCUGCCGCAGCUGUGCUGUGGUCGGCAACUCGGGGAACCUCAAGGGCUCUUAUUAUGGAAGGAUGAUCGACUCCAACGACUUUGUCAUAAGAAUGAACCAGGGUCCUACCCAGGGGUUUGAAGACGACGUUGGGGCCCGUACCACCCACCACCUUAUGUAUCCCGAGAGUGCCAAGAACUUGGACCCCAAAACCAGUCUCGUGCUGAUCCCAUACAAGAUCCUUGACCUGCAGUGGCUCCUGAGUGCCUUCACCACUGGCCAUAUUAAACAAACAUAUCGACGUGUCCUGCCGACGAUACAGGCAGAUAGAGCGAAGGUGCAGAUUUACAGUCCGGUGUUCAUGAGGUACGCCUAUGACAACUGGUUGGACAAACACGGACGCUAUCCCUCCACCGGCUUCUUCAGCUUGAUGUUUGCACUGCACAUAUGUGAUGAGGUGAGCGUGUUCGGAUACGGGGCGGACAAACGCGGGAACUGGGACCACUAUUGGGAGCACAACGCCGGGGCCGGCCAGUACAGGUCUGUGCACGGCGGUGACUACGAGUACAACAUCACGCGGUACCUGGCCACCACGAACAAAAUCAAAAUGUAUGUUGGCACCUGAUGCCAUGUCAGGAUAGGAUAGCCCCCCCCCCCCCCCCCCAAAAGGGCUUAAUAGGCCAUAUAUUUAUGACACACGAGUCCUGACCCUAGCCCCCCUGAGGAAAAGAAAAAACUCCCUUAGCGAGCAAGCAAGAAAACUUGAGAAGGAACGAGAAUGGGGGAUCCCCACUUCCAGGGAAGGUUAGGAGGGCAAUGGGUGCCAUAAUUGUGAGAAAUAUCUAGGAAUCUAGGAGUUCAGUUGUAGUCACUGCAAUAUGCCAGGCAUCCACAACAAACUAAAACAGUCAGAAUAAUGAAUUAGAUGGGGAAAGUGCAUCCAAAAAAUGCUGUCCCCGCGAGCCUGGAAGAAAAUAAAUUCUGAAAAGAAUUUCAGGAUUUCGGGUUAGGGUUUGUGGUCAUUCUACUUUUUCUACAUGGACUCUUGAUGUGAAUUGGGACCUAUUUUAUUGGUCCCAAUUUACUGGUAUGUUGUUUUUUAUGUUUUUGACUUGCCUUAGGACAACGGAUGUAAAUUAGCAACUAAGCUAACUCCGGCAUAUUUAUAUUGAUGCUCUGGCUGACAUGAUGAUUAAUGUGCAAUGUCCUAAUCAAAUAAAUAAAUAAUAAUAAAAUAAAAUAAAGAAAGCUGAAAUAUAUGCAUUA